AUGCAGGUCAGUGCGUCCUUUGGCGAUGAUGUGUGGGAUGCCAAGAAUUUUGGACAGGUCAUGUUUGCAAUCAGAACCCGCAAUGGUGGGGUGUUCCUCAAAGUGCAGAAGAUGUUUGGAGACACAUCACAAAUUGAGGAUGUUCCUGCAGAUGCCGCUUGGAAACGAGAACGGAACCAGGGCAAUGUCGGACAAGGUGUUAGGGAACAGCAACGCAAGAACUACAUAGCCAACAGGCAGCUGGAGGAGGAGCGCACUACACUCUUCAAAGGUGCCAUGGGAAAGUUCAGGAAGGGCGACCUUCAGGGUGCCCUGAUCGACUUUGAAAAUGUGGUGGCCAUGGAGCCCAGGAAAUACAUAGGAGACAAUUUUGCUCGCUACACAGACAUCUACCCCUAUGCUCAGUACAAUAUUGCGUGCUGCUACUCGGCCAUGAACCAGCUGGAGGCUGGGCUGGAGGCGCUGGAGGGAGCACUGAGCUCAGGGUUCGAUGAUUUUGACAAAGUGAGGACGGAUGCCAACCUGGCGGCACUGAGCAACACGGAGGGUUUUGAGCAACUUAUACGAAAGUAUGAUGAGCCUAUCAUCAACGAGAAUGCAGUCAGGGUUUUGAAGAAUUUGUUCUCGUUUGGACGCGGCCAAGACGAGGACUGA